AUGCUUUUCGUUUUCCAAGAAAAGCAUUAUUGUAAUAAUUAUUUCGCUUUAAUUACUUCGGAAGAAGUAGCAGUUUCACGCCUUCUUCAAGAACGUUCUAUUCAUAGAGAUUUGCAUUCAGGAAAUAUAUUAUAUUCCGAAUAUAGUGGAGAAUGGUAUGUUAGUGAUUUUGGAUUUUGUGGACCUGCUGAUAAACCAUUAGGAAGUAUAUAUGGAAAUCUUCCUUAUAUAGCGCCUGAAGUUAUUAAUGGAAAAGGAUAUACUUUUGCAUCAGAUAUUUAUAGUAUUGAAGAUGAUCUAGACGAAUUUGAGGAUUUAAUUAUAACAUGA